CAAUUAGUGAAGUGAUAAAAUAUUAUUUUAAAAAAACAUAUUCAAAAUGAAAUUUGUUGCUAUUUUCGUUAUUGCCUUUGUUGCUUACUGUAGUGCUGCUCCUGCUAGUGAUGCUGAAAUUUUGAGUUAUGAAAACGAAAACAUCGGAAUCGAUGGAUAUAAAUUCUCAUACGAAACAAGCGACGGCGUGUCAAGACAAGAAGAAGGUGUAUUGAAGAAUGCUGGUACAGAAGAUGAAGCAAUGUCCGUGACAGGAUCAGUCACAUGGACAUCACCCGAGGGACAAACAUUCACACUUACCUUUGUCGCUGACGAAACUGGAUAUCAUCCUGAAGGCGACUUCUUGCCAAAAGCACCAGUAGUUUAAGACACAUGACAAUAAACAUCUCAACAUUAUUUCCUUGGAAGCAUCGCCAUGACAGAGCUGAGAUUAUACAUUAUUUUGAUCAAAUGAAGCUAGUUAAGGAAUUAACUGAUUAUUCGUAAGGAUCUUCUGUCUUCUAUCCAUCUUAUCUUCUUGUGAACGAGGC